AGAGAUGAAGAGAAGCAAGACCGCAAUAGGGUAGAAAGGGGAAAGACAAGAAACCAGAAUCACUUAUUGGUGAAGCAAUAUCUCCCCCGGUGCACAGGAUAAGGAGGGAGUUAGGGUUUAAAAUCUUUUUGGUUUUCGAACACUGGGAAAUUGGAUUUUAUUUUGGGGGGUGUUUUUCUACUACUUUAUAUACCCAUCUCCACCAUUGACUUCUCCCACGUUGGCAUCGUAAUUAGUCAAUCGACAUCACCACCAUUUGAGGGUUUUGAAGAUAUGGAGGGAAGGCUGUUUUGUUUCCUGUUGGCUCUUCAAAUAGUAAAAUGGAGUUGUGCAACGAGCAGGCCUUUAGCACCAAAUGACGGCUUUGGUGCUCAUCAGCCAGACCAGAAACCAGUGGCUUUACGAGUUUCCUUGAGCUCAACAGAAAUGUCUUUGCAGAGCAUGGAAAGGAGUGGCGCCAUAAAUGGUGAAGGGGAGAAUAAGGCGAGGAUAGGGUCAAGUCCUCCAAACUGUGAACACAAAUGCUAUGGAUGCACCCCUUGUGAAGCCGUUCAAGUGCCUUCUACCAUAAGCAAGCGAAUCCAUGUGGGUCCGGAAUAUGCAAAUUAUGAACCUGAGAGUUGGAAAUGCAAGUGUGGCCCGUCCUUUUACAGUCCAUGAACUAAGCCACAAUCGACCUCGCUGCUCACUGAGAGUUCAAUCCAGUUUGAUUCAGAUUCUCCCUUAAACAUAUGUACAAACAAAAAAGAAACUCCAAAUUCAAGUUGUCUAUGUUUCCAUGCUCAACUUGCAGAUAAUCUGACUCAGCUUUGGUAAAUGUCUGCCUUCAAUGUAUUAUGGGCCAUUUUCGGGUAUC